AAAUCAUUCUUUAAGAAAUUGAAGGAACACGUGAUUACAAAAAAUUCAAAAUCAAGAAAAUUUUGUUACUCGAACCUUAAGAAUGUCAAUAUUGAGAAGUAUGGUAGAUGGGGUAGGGUUCUUGGUUCUGGUGAGGGUGGUAAGGUGAGACUAAUUCAUCGUCUAACUGACGAUAAGGCUUUUGCUGUAAAACAAUUUUGUAAGCGGAAUCCUUACGAACCUGAAAGAUCGUAUUAUAAAAAAAUUAUUGCAGAAUUUUGCAUUGGUUCAACGCUUCACCAUGAAAAUAUCAUCGAGACGUUGGACAUCAUACAAGAAAACAAUCAGUUAUACGAGAUAAUGGAAUUCGCUCCAUAUGAUUUGUUUGAGGCGGUGAUGAGCAAAAAAAUGAGUGAAGAAGAGAUCGCUUGUGUUUUCAAACAAAUAAUUAAUGGCGUAAAUUAUCUACACGAGAUGGGAAUUUUCCACAGGGAUCUCAAAUUGGAUAAUUUAUGUUUAAACGAGAAUGGAAUUGUAAAAAUAAUUGAUUUUGGUUGUUCAACGGUGUUUCGAUACCCUUUUAACAACAAGAUCAUAUUUUCUCAAGGGCCAUACGGUUCGGACCCAUACAUAUGUCCAGAAGCAUUCGGCUGCAAAUCUUACGACCCCAGACUUGCCGAUAUUUGGGCUGCUGGAGUUAUAUUUGUUUGCAUGAGCACGGGUAUGUUCCCUUGGUUGGUGGCCAAGGAAUCCGAUGUAUCUUUCAAAGCAUAUAUGAAAAAUCCGGAUCAUUUGUUAAUGAAGAUUCCAGAAGCAUCAUAUCCAGUACUACAUCGAAUACUCGAUAUAAAUCCGGGGAAACGUGCCACAAUAAAGGACAUUUUAGAGGAUGAAUGGUUUAAGGGAAUUGAAAUUUGCAAUUCGAAUAAUGUUUGUUCGAAGGUUAAUCAUGUACAUCACUUGGAGGAAAGUAAAUAUGUUCCUGAUGAUGACGAAAUAAUAUGA